AUGUCCGAACAAUCGUUGCCACCAGUGCCUUCACCAUCUUUCGUGUAUCACUUGGUCAGCUUGAAGGCAUUCGAUGACGACGUUGCCCAAAACGACAAUGAAUAUUUCCAAGGAGAUACUCGUGAUGGUUUUUUGCACAUGUCCAUGAAGGAGGAAGUUGAAAAGACUUGUCGAUUAUAUCUCAGCAAUGUUUCCGACUUGAUCCUGCUCAAAAUUGACUUGAAAACCUUGGAGCAAAAGCUAAAUUCGCAACUCGGAGAAAGAAUUUCCUUUGAUUGGGUCCAAUCAAGAAAUAAUUACUUUCCUCAUCUCUAUGGCAAGUUGUCAGUAGAUUGUAUUGUUGAUAUCAUUGAAAUUCCUCGGGAUGAACAUGGCCAUCACGUAUUUGAUAACAUUCAAUUCUGA